AUAAUUAUGACGUCAUAUUAAGACGACGGGACAAAAAACGUGUUUUCCUCCAAACUAGUAUUCACCAUGGCUGUAAUGUUACAUACCUUAGUUGUCAAUGGACGAAGGAACGCACCAAAGUGUCAGGCAUCCAUAAGAAGACAAACUUAAUUGUCGUUAUUUUCAAGGCUAUGUAGAGUGCGUAUUUACUGAGGAUUGUAAACAGCGACCAUGUUGCUUCCCUCCUCCUCCUCCUCUCCUCCUCCCCCGCCUCCCCUGCCUCUUGUUGCCGACACCUCGGAAGAAGGAGAGCAGCCUGACUGAGCGACUCCCACUCCAGUCUCCCUCACCACAGAGCCGGCAGCCAGGGCCACCGGCCGGCGCCAGGAUGCGGUGCCGCAAGUUUUGGGGGUCUUGCUCGCUUGGAUUUUACGUGUGGGCAGCCAUUCUCUUCAAAGGAUCCCUGCAAGGCGAGUACCAGAGGAGGCUCUACAAGGAGCUGCUGGCGAACUACAACCGCUUGGAAAGGCCGGUCGUCAACGACUCAGCCGCCAUCCUGGUGGAGCUCGGCUUCACGCUCCUGCAGAUCAUUGAUGUGGAUGAGAAGAACCAAGUGUUGAUGACCAAUGCCUGGCUGCAGCUGUACUGGACUGACGUCUAUCUGAGUUGGAACCCUGAAACCUACCCCGGUGUCCAGAACCUCCGAUUCCCUUCAGACCAAAUCUGGACUCCUGACAUCCUUCUCUACAACAGUGCGGACGAGCGCUUCGACGCCACCUUCCACACCAACGUGCUGGUGAACGCUUCGGGCUACUGCCAGUACAUCCCGCCCGGCAUCUUGAAGAGCACGUGCUACAUCGACGUGCGCUGGUUCCCCUUCGAUGUGCAGAAGUGCGACUUGAAGUUCGGCUCCUGGACCCACAACGGCUGGCUGCUGGACCUCCAGAUGCUGGACGUGGACACGUCCACCUACAUUCCCAACGGGGAGUGGGAUCUCGUGGGCGUCCCAGCCAAGCGCAACGAGCUGUACUACGAAUGUUGCAAGGAACCCUACCCAGACGUCACCUUCACGGUCACCAUGCGGCGUAGGACCCUUUACUACGGCCUCAAUCUGCUCAUCCCCUGCGUGCUCAUCUCCGGCUUGGCUCUGCUGGUUUUCCUGCUGCCCGCCGACUCCGGAGAAAAGAUCUCGCUGGGAAUUACCGUGCUGCUGUCGCUGACGGUCUUCAUGCUCCUGGUGGCCGAGAUCAUGCCCGCCACGUCCGACUCGGUUCCUCUCAUCGCUCAGUACUUCGCCAGCACCAUGAUGAUUGUCGGAAUGUCGGUGGUGGUGACCGUUAUCGUCCUGCAGUUUCAUCACCACGACCCUCAGGGGGGCAAGAUGCCCAAGUGGGUGCGGGUGGUGCUGUUGAACUGGUGCGCGUGGUUUCUGCGCAUGAAGCAACCCGGCGACGAGCGGCGCCGCGCCGGCUACAAAUACCGCCCCGCCUCCCAGCACCACUCCAGCAGCAACUCCAUAGAAAUGGCCGCCGUUCCCAGCCUCUCGGUGCCGCUUUCCCAGACUUCCUGCCCGCCCUGCACCUCGGGCACCUCCAACGGUUCCAUGAGCCUCUACUUUGGCAGCUACCACCCGAUGGAGAGCCCGCACUGUCCCACCUCCAGCGACUCGGGCGUGGCGCUGGGGGGCCGCGCUCACAGCUCCCCCGGCGACGAGGGUGCCGAGCCGCCGGGUGUUUGCGGCGGAGCUUUGGGAAUGGGGGUCCGACUCCCGCCGCCGGAGAUCCAACACAUCUUGGAGGAGGUGACCUACAUUGCCCAGCGCUUCCGGGACCAGGACGAGGCCGAGGCCAUCAGCAGCGAGUGGAAGUUCGCGGCGGCGGUGGUGGACCGCCUGUGUCUGGUGGCCUUCUCGCUCUUCUCCAUCAUCUGCACCUUCACCAUCCUCAUGUCGGCCCCCAACUUCAUAGAGGCCGUCUCCAAGGACUUCACAUAGUUGGACUCGGAUGCUUGUUGUGUUUUUUCCUGUCUAAGAUUUUAUGUUCAACCUUCAUGUUUGUACUCGCCAGCCGAAACUUCACAUCACACCACUUUCCCACGACACUGAAGGCAACAUCGUUCUUGUUGAUGUAUAGUUCUCUUCACGUUCGCUAGGAGGACGACUAACUGAAAUAAAACGUCCAGAAAAUGCGUGUUUGGCAGAUGAAUUCCGCCUGGCAAACCGGCUGUGAUUUCUGCCAAACGCGCCUUUUCCGUCAUUUGUGGCGCAUCUUCUAUUCUU